ACGUGGAUUUGUCGCUGCGCGCUGGCUCGCUGGCUGGCUGGCUGGCGCAAGGUGCGUCUCUGGCUAGCCGUGGCGGCAGAUCGAAGGCGCGUUAGCGGAAAGGAAGGACCUUUUUCGUCUUCUAGCCAGGAGAAAGGAAGGCACGGGAAGAGGGUCUGCUUCUGCUCGUCUCCCAGCCGCCUCCGGGGAUGGAGGCUGCUUUGCUGAAGCCGAUCAUGGCAGAAGUGAAGCCGGGCGCAGGGGCGGUGAGCGCCGAGCUGGAGGUGAAGAAGCUGCAGGAGCUGGUGCGCAAGCUGGAGAAGCAGAACGAACAGCUGCGCAGCCGGGCAGCUGCCACCUCCCCUUCCUCUGCGCCCUGCCCGGGACCCGGCAGCCCGCUCCAGCAACUGCUGCUUCCCGCAGCCAUCCCGCAGCAGCAGCCAGCCACGGCCUCCUGCAGCUCCCCACCGGCCUGCAUGCCCAGCCCGGCGCCCUCUCUCCUGUGCCAAGCCGAGCCCUUCGUCUACUUCAAGCCAUCGCCUGCUGCGGGAGGAGGAGGAGGAGGUGGUGGAGGAGGAGGAGGAGGAGGUUCCUCCGGGCAGCAGGAGGCUGCCACUGCCCCCGCCACCAGCAUCCCCCCGGCCACCGUCUUAGACGAGGUGGAGGUGCUCGAUCUGCAGGGCGACAAUUGCUGUGACCGGGAAGAGGAGGCGGAGGAGACCUGGUUGUAUGUUGCACCUGCUAAAAGCAUCAUACCCCAAGAAAAAUUGCUGAGCCCUCUGCAGUGGUGUAGACAUGUUCUGGAUCAUCCAAGCCCUGAGAUGGAAGCUGCAAAACGCUCUUUGUGCUUCAGACUGGAACAAGCUAGUCGAUGGCGGAGUCUCUUCUCUACAUCUGUCUCCUUGGCUUUUCCCUAUAGCCCUGUUGCAAGGCUCACUCCAUAUAGCAAUGGUUUUAACACUCCUGCCUUUUCUAAAACCUUCAAUAAAGCAAUAUUAACACCUGAAAAGACAGGUUGUAUUUCUAGAAGUUCCCCUCUCAGCCCCCAGUCUUCAAUAGACAGUGAAUUGAGCACCUCAGAAAUAGAAGAUGAUUCCAUCUCCAUGGGAUAUAAACUGCAAGACCUCACUGAUGUCCAGAUCAUGGCACGACUUCAGGAAGAGAGUCUCAGGCAAGACUAUGCUUCUACUUCAGCAUCUGUAUCAAGGAACAGCUCCAGUGUUUCCCUUCAUUCGGGCAAGAAAGGGACAAGCAGUGACCAGGAAUUUGAUCGCUACAGCCUUGAAGAUGAGGAAGAAGAAUUUGAUCAUCUGCCACCCCCACAGCCUCGGCUUACUCGUUGCUCCCCAUUCCAAAGAGGAAUUCCCCAUUCACAGACUUUCUCCAGUAUUCGGGACUGCAGGAGAAGCCCAACUUCCCCAUAUUUCCCCUCAAAUAAUUAUCAACAACAACAACAACAGUAUUAUUCUCUCCAGGCCCAAAAUCCUCUUGAACAGCAACCAAACAGGAUUAAUGGAGACAAACUCCGAAGGAGCAUGCCUAACUUAGCUCGGAUGCCAAGCACCCCCACCAUCAAUACCAAUGUCAGCCCCGCAGUCACUGUGAGGAACAGUCUAAGCUUUGAUUCUAAUUUGCAUGGAGCUGGUAAUGGAAUAUCAAGAAUACAGUCUUCUAUUCCUUCUCCGGGGCAACUUCAGCACAGAGUUCAUAGUGUGGGACAUUUUCCAGUAUCUGUCAGGCAGCCUCUCAAAGCCACAGCCUAUGUGAGUCCAACUGUUCAAGGGAGCAAUAGCAGCAGCAGCAGCAACAUUGCAUUGUCCAGCACCUUACAGUUACAUGCCAACACAGGCAUCCCAAUGCCAAACAAGACUGCCAACGCAGGCAUCCGCAGUGGUCUUCCAAGGCCUUCCCUGGCCAUCAGUGGGAGCAGCAUACCCAGGAGCAAAAUUGCACAGCCAAUUCGAAGUUUUCUCCAGCCACCAAAGCCUCUUUCAUCACUUAGUACUCUACGGGAUGGCAACUGGAGAGAUGGCUGCUAUUGAUGUUGGGUGGACCUGGACUGAGGACAAGAAAUAAUGUGGAUCCUCUUACCUAGCUGGCUGGGUAACUAUAACUGUAGGAGGCCGGAUGGGCAACACAGCGCUGUUUCUUUCCGUCUUUCAUUUUCAUUGGUCACUGAACACAUGCGAGAUUACAUAUUGCACUUUGUUGUUUGCUUGGAAGAAACAGCAGUGUUGUCACAUUAAUGUUGCAGCAUUAUUAUUUAGACCUCUUUAAUACUUGUACGAAGUAUCAGAAGUGCCCCACUUGGGGGAGCCAAUGUUAUUUCUGAACACUUUGUCAUAAUGAAAUUUUCAGGACCUUUAACAUGUCCUUCCCCACUGCCCACCCCAAGAAAGGCAUUGUUUUCAUUAGUUCUCUUGCAGAUUUACAGAAUGGAUUGUUAUACUACGUGCUUGACCUUUUCUUUUGUAGCCUUUCCAACUAGGCUUUUUUGCACUUAAUUUGUUUUUACAUUUUCUUUUCACAGUGUUACAGUCUUGUGUGUGUGCCAUUAAGUCUUUUUUUUUUUUAAUGGUAAGGUACUAUUUUAAGUAUAUAUUUUAACAUAUCUGCCCCAACCCAGAUACUGGCUUGCACACUAUGCAAUACCCUGCUGAUCCAAAGUGGGGAUCACAUUCCCAUGUAUGAGCCAGCAUGGUGUAGUGGUUAGAGUGCUGGACUAGGACCGGGGAGACCCGAGUUCAGAUCCCCAUUCAGCCAUGAAACUAGCUGGGUGACUCUGUGCCAGUCACUUCUCUCUCAGCCUAACCUACUUCGCAGGGUUGUUGUGAGGAGAGACUUAAGUAUGUAGUACACUGCUCUGGGCUCCUUGGAGGAAGAGCGGGAUAUAAAAUGUAGAUAAUAAUUAAAAAUAAUAAUUCACUGGUUCUGUUUAUUUCCACAUUCCAUCCAUACUGCUGUGGAGUGUGGAGAGGUUUCACAGCGCCUAAGAAUUGCAUCCACAUUUUUGCAACAAAAAUAUAAAAACAUUGCAAGAGCACUGACACAAUUCUUAGGCGUCCAGGGCCUCUCUGUGCCUGGUAGUAGGGUGGGUGGGUGUUGGCGAUGGACAGAACCAGUGCGUGUGCCCUGCUGGUGGGACACUGAGCAGUUUGCAAGCCAGGAUCAUCAGCACAUAGAAGCAUCAGUGCAUAUGUACAUCUCUAGCUGUACAACAAACCAUGGGCUGAAAUGUGGGUAUUCCUGGUGCUAAGAAGCCCAAUUCAGACUCAGAUAGAUGAUCAGUAAUCUUGCCAAUCAAUUUCAUGGUCUACGGGAAUAAGGAGGGGGAACAGGGGACCGGAGUCAGUCCCUCCCCUUCCUUCUUGGGUUCUGGGAAGUGGGCAUUUUAGCAUUAGAUGCUCAGCCCACUCUUGUACUGAUGGAUUGGGGCCAUCAUCAGUAGUACAACAGUGCUAUUCUCUGUUUAUGUUGCAGUAGCACACACUAAAAAAAAGAAGCAUUCACUUGAAACUGACAUGCCUUUGGAUCAAUAUGAUUCGUUCCUGUCGUCUCUUUGUUCCAGUGUUAAUUUAUUCAUCAUGGGGAUGUAUUUAUAAAGAGGGCAUAGCUUACAUUGCACUUAAAAGUGCAAUGAUCUCUAAAAAGUCGGGUUUCAAUACUUUAUUAUGAAGAACAAAAUUGCAAUGUUUUAUUAACAAUUGUGUAUGGGGAAAAUGAAUGAGUUUUCAUGGAAGUAAAACUUUUUUGAUAGACCUUUUACAAAACCCAAUUGCACUAACCAAUGCUUUCUUACUAUGGGAUAUGGUUUUAAUAUUUGAUUACAACUUGUAUUCUGCUGAUCUGGAAUGUUUCAGGAAAUAAAGAAAUCUAUUUCAGCAAUAUCAUGCUAUCCUUGGAUGUGCAAUAAAAAUAGAGUCUGUGGUG